UUAAGAAAACAGAAUCAACAGGUUUUGCUAAUUAUUAACCAAUUAAUUGCGGUAUUAUGAUUUGAAAGGAUACUCAAAAGUGCCAUAAAUGUGUCGUAUAGCAAAAAAUUGUAUAAAAGACUAUACCCCUCCAUAUUGCACAGUUUAUGUGCUCGAUUAAAGAAAAUUACAAUGGAGGUAGAUAGAGUUGAUAGUACAAAACUGCUGCUGGUGACAGCAAAUGUUGGCUCUAUAUUUGAGGAUCCGGAACACAUGCUCAAGAUAUGGCUGAAAGAGUUCUUGGCAAGUGUACGAGACCUAGAGCCAGGGAUGCUGGCCAUCCACUGUCAGGAGGUCGGCGGCAAAAACUACGAGGCUUCCAUGCAGCAUGUCAACCAAUUUGUCAAGGCCAUGUUGGGCAGCGAUGAACUACAGAAGUAUGAUCGAGCACGCAUCUUCCUCGAUGAGGACUAUACAGCUGCUGAUAAAUUCACAGCAUUGGGUAACCUGUACUUCAUACACGAGUGUGUGGAAGAGGUGUCAAUAUAUGACUUCAUAGAGUGCAAAUUUCUCCCAGUGGAAGGAAGGGAGGUUUUAUCAGGGAAUAUAGAAAACAUUCAAAUCAAAGAAAAAUCCAAAUAUCCCCAGAAUUUCUUCCCCGAUUUCAAAUGGUCUCGAAAAGGUUUUUUACGGACGAGAUGGAAUAUAAAUAACAGUUUGUUUGAUCUGAUCAACAUUCACCUGUUCCACGAUGCCUCAAAUAUCGUAGCCUUGCAAAAGAGUCCCUCAGUGUACUGUGACAACAGAUACCGGGCCUUGGCACACACAUUACAGAGAUUUGAAACGGACCAGUUUGAAAAAGUCCCCUAUUUUAUAUUUGGUGAUUUCAAUUUUCGUCUAGACAUUCAGUCAGUGUUAAAGGACCUAACUGAGAAGACUGAAGUCAACGAAAUCCGUGGUAAAAAGAACCAGAUCUCCAAGCUCACGUACACUGAUGCAAAUAGCAAGGUUGUGUUAACUGUAGAAUCCAAGUAUUUUGAUCACCAUGAAAAACACAACGAGGUGUUUAGAAACAAGGACAGAAUGUUGAACAAGUACGACAAAGAAUUGGAGAUGUAUAAAGACCGAGUGUUCGAGUUUGACUUCACCUUCCCUCCAAGUUACCCAUUCAGCGAAGACGUGAGUGAUGGGUUGUCGUACAUGAAGACUCGCUGUCCGUCCUGGUGCGACAGAAUCCUUCUCUCGCACACGACUGCACCUAUUCUCGUAAAUAAUGAGAAACAUCGUCCCAAGUAUGACAUAAUCGGCUCAGAUGUCUGUAUGGGAGAUCACAAGCCAGUGUAUUUGUUACUAUGGUUACGGAAAGGAAAAGCCACUGUUUCACCAUCGCCCGAACAGACCCAGUUGCCGAUGGCAACGGAAGUGAUUGUUCCAGGCACGCAGGUGAAAAUAUCCGAGGUGGACACUACAAAAUACAUCCAUAUCCGCCAAAAUGGCACAUCUGCUCGCGUCUUCCGUGAAACCUCCGUUUGACUGCUACUGCUGCUGUUGUUGUGUUGUUAACGAGUUAGAAGUCGAUGUACUUAUUCUCAUGUGUCAUUAACAAGUCAGAUGUCAGGAUAAUUUUGUACAUAUGUUUUAUGGUUAGUGUUCAAAAGCAAAAACUACUGGGCCAUGUUCGGAAAAUGUUUAUUUUAAACAAUGAUUUUGUGCCCGAAUUUGAACUCGCCGCGCUAGAAGAGGCUCCCAAUGUUUUUUGUAUUCUAACAGCCGACAAUAAUGAAGCAUUUAGCAGAUCAAUACACGGGAUGUGAAAGGAACUAGUUGGAUAUAUUAAUGAAAUUAAUAUUGAAAAGUUACUUAGUAUAGCAUUUGUUUGGUUAUGGAGAGAGAUAUGUUUAUCCACAUAUUAAAUAGACCUUAAAGGCAGCCAAGACACCUACAUUGUAUGUGACUGACAUGUUUUUAUAAAGUAUCACAAAAAUCAAAUUGAUAGGGGCCUAUUUUCUUCCAUAGAACAAGUAAAGUAACAGAGUUUCAAUGUCUGGCUAUUUAUAAGAAGAAUUAUAAGAAUAUAUAAAUUCUAAAAGUAGAACUGGGUUUUCCGUAUGGAGUUGAUUUUUUUUUUUAAAUCCAUUUUUGUCACUCUAUUUUGCAUUUUUCUUUCAACUUUAGCACUGAUUUUAUUACCAAAUAUAAAGUACAAGAAAUGUAACACUAAUUUGUUUUUACCGUUACAUUUCAAUGUUUACAGAAAUAGAUGGGCUUGGCGGCCUUUAAUGGUUCCAUUUUGUAUCCUAGCAAUGGAAGUGUUGUUUAGUUACAUUUUAAACAAAUGAAAUUUUGUGGAUUUAAGUAUAGAAAAGGAAUGAUGGUCUUGCAAUGGAACUGUAGUUUAGUGCAUUUCAAUAGAAUGUGAUUUUGUGGAUUUUAGUAUUGAAAUAGAAUGAAGGUCGAGAUUGUAUCCAAGUUAUGGGACUGAUGUUCAGUAAAAUUGAAUGAAGGUCUAGCAAUGGCACUGAUUUUAGUAGCAUUUCAAUUGAGUAUAAAUUUGUGGAUUUAUGUAUGGAAAUAGAAUUAAGGUUUAGCAAUGGAUCUGUUGUUUAAUAACAUUUCAAUAGAAUGUGAUUUUGUGGUUUUUAGUAUUGAAAUAGAAUUAAGGUCGAGAUUGUAUCCAAGUUAUGGGACUGUUGUUCAGUAACAUUUUCAAUAGGAAAUAAAUCUGUAUAUUUAUAUAUGGAAACGGUAAGAAGGUCAUGAUUGUGACCUAGUUUUGCAACUUAGCAGCAUAUUAAAACUCAACAUGCAUUAUAGUAUGUAAUUUGUAUUGAAUAUGCCUAGUCUGGAACUAGAUGUUAAGGGUAUAUAUUAUUCAUGACUCAUUUUUGUACAAGAAAUUUUUUCUGAUUAUGGCUAUUUGUAAGCCAUUUUAUUGUUAUGGUUUUAUUAGCUAUUCUGUUGGGAUUUUUUUUAGCAAAAAAAGUGGAGGUGUUGUCAAAGCCUUGGUGUCGCAAUGGCAGCAUUGUUGUGCACGAACUUUAACUGUGCCCAUAACUCAAAAAUGUACAAGAUACUCGAAUUAAAAUUGAUACAAAUGUUGCGCAAGAUGCCUAAUUGAAACUUACAACAAAUGUUGCCAAAGAUACCCAAAUGAAAAUUGUUACCAAUUUUGCCAAAGAUACCCUAAUGAAAAUUGAUACAAAUGUUGCCAAAGAUACUCAAAUGAAACUUGGUACAAAUGUUAUGCAAGAUGCCUAAUUGAAACUUGGUACAAAUGUUGCCAAAUAUACCCAAAUGAAAAUUGUUACAAAUGUUGCCAAAGAUACCAAAAUUAAAAUUGUUACAAAUGUUGCCAAAGGUACUCAAAUGAAACUUGGUACAAAUGUUGCCAAAGAUACUCAGUUGAAACUUGGUACAAAUGGUAGAGACAACACACACACACACACACGAGUAGAAAGGCCCAUACCUUUGGGAAUUCAUUGUCAAGUUAUGCCCCUUUUUUGAUUGAAAAACAACAACAGACAAGCAUAGGUGUUCACUCUUCAGCGCUCUUCGAAAACUUAUAUAAUGUCAGAAAAAAACUGAGAUCACCUUUCUGUAAUGUAGGACAAAACAUCCCAUGGACAAAACAUCCCAUGCCAUUUUUGACGAGGUGGACAAAACAUACCACAUCAUUUUGACAUGGUAGACAAAACAUACCUUUCUGGUUUGCCAUCCUGGACACGAGAUCUCAUACUGGACAUGAAAUCCCAUAAACUUUCAAAAAUGGAAUGGGAUGUGUCGGCCUUGGGAUGUUUUGUCUUGCUCCCAUUUUUCUGUUGUGAUCACAAAUAUCUCAUAAUUCAAUAAUCAUCAAUAAAUAAUGGUACAGGACUAGUACCAAUAUUCUAUGAUGCAUAAGACAAAAUCCUUAUACCUGAAAAUACUUCUGAAUUAAUGAGUUAAUUUAAAGCUGUACUCACACAGAUCGAUUGUUUUGACAACUUUUUUAAUUUUUUGUCUAGGAAUGAACCAUUGUUAGCGAAUAAAGACCGUUGAUUUAUGCUGAUAUAAGUAUUGAGAGUUUUUAACUUAUUAUAUAACUUAUUUUACAGUUGUAAAGUUAGGAUUUUUACUAGGACAUUUGCAUUAGAAUUAGUAGAACGUACCUUGAAAUGAGAAUUAUUGACUUAAGAAAAAAAUAAUUUUGGACAUGAAACCCUUAUACUCAAACAGAUCUAUGGCAAUUUUUCAGGAAUGCCAAUUAUCAGCUGUUAGAAUCCCUGCCUCUGCCAUUAUGAAAUUAUUUCUUAGAUUUUUGUAUAAACCAUAUCAAUAUGAAAAAAUAAAUAAGUAUGUAUAUUCUGAAAUCUACCUCUUUCAGUAGUUGGUGUUCAAAAUUAUAUUUUGUUCAUUGGCAUGGCUGUAAAUUUAAAUCGGCCAUUCAUUUAUUUUUUGUAAAUUGACAGCAGUCUGCUGUUAGUGAUUUGAAUUGGUCGAUUUAAAUGGAGGCUUGACCAGUAGACAAAAUAUAAUCUCAAACACUAAGCUGGUUAAAGCGUUAUUAGUAUGCAUUUACCAAAUAAAUGGGCAGAGCUUCUUCAAUAUGCCAAGCCCAUUUAUUUUGCUUUAUAAAUGCUUACAAAUAAUCUUUAAUCAUUACUUAAGGCAUAAUAUAAGGUUAAAUAUUCAACAAGCUAUUUAUGUGUAUUAGUAUUUAAAGAGUCCUUAACUUUGAGUGUAAGCAUACUAGACAUGUACAUGUAUAUAUAUAUAUAGAAGCAAUAGAAUGUUUCAAAUAUCAUAAUAGUAUUCAUAGACAUAUAUCAGCAUUUUAUAAGUGUCAUAUUCCUUGUUUCAUACCCGAAGAUAUAAUUUCUAUACCAGUAUAUUGGAGCCUGUAGGAUCCUAUUCCAUUAUUCAAAUGUUAUUUUGGGGGAUUUCAUCGCACUCAGUGAUAGUUCUUGUUUUUCUAUAGCACUUUUAGCUGAAUUUACUUGAAUUUUUUAUGGCCUUAACCUUCUGAACUACAGAACACUUUCUGUGUUGAUUAAACCAUGAAAAUUAAAGAACACUUUCUGUGUCGAUUAAACCAUGUAAAUUAAAUUACACUUUCUGUGUCGAUUAAACCAUGUAAAUUAAAGAACACUUUCUGUGUCGAUUAAACCAUGUAAAUUAAAGAACACUUUCUGUGUCGAUUAAACCAUGUAAAUUAAAGAACACUUUCUGUGCCGAUUAAACCAUGUAAAUUAAAGAACACUUUCUGUGCCGAUUAAACCAUGCAAAUUAAAGGAAACUUUCUGUGUCCUUUAAACUGUCUCAACUUAAGAACACUUUGUAUGUCUGUCUGAACUAUAGUACAAUUCCUAACCUAAACCUUAUGAAUUUAAGGACAAUGCCUGUUGUCCAUUAACAAUUAACCAUCUGUACUAAAGUACACUCUGUAUUAAUUAAAUAGAUUGUGGGAAAAGUUAAUUUUAACAGGGCAUACUUGUGUCAAGAUGAUCAAGUUCAAAAUUAAUCAGGAUUCAACAGAGCUUUCAAGUUCAGAUUUCAAUAGAUUUGUAAACUUCGUUGCUAGGCACUAAUUUUGCAUUUCAAAUAGUAAGAAAAAACACUUUAAAAUGGAUAAAAAUGGCUUUGUUAACAAUUUUAACAGGAUAAACUUUAAGCCCCUUUAUACCGGUUACCAGGUGUUGAAUAUUUAAUACUCAAAAGAAAUUUUCAGGAUUUGGAUUUUUGAUGGGUCGUUAUCUUCCCUUGUCACAUAAUAUGUACAUCUUUGGAUAUAAACACAAAUAGCCUUAUUGCAAUGUUUUUAUGUUACUAGAUUAUGAUAAAUUCUGCCAUACAAAAAGUCUGAACUUAAGCUAUGGCAACAUUUAGUUAUUAUUAUCAUAUUUGUUUAUUAAAUGAAUAAAUGAACAUGAACGUGUUCAUGAAUGUUCAUAUGUUCAUGAAUUCAUUGUAUGUGAGUUUGAAGAAUGCGUGUUUAUGCAUCUGUAAUAUUUUAUUUUUGACAACUUUAUGUGCAAUAUCAUGUGCUUUUUUCGACACGUGAUGCAAUGGUGUUGUUGUUUUUUACUGUUGGCGCGGUGACAUGCGUAAAACAAUUAUGAUUUUAGUAAAUGUUAAAUACAUAGGUGGCAGUAUCAGUCAAAGAGGAUAAAACUUUUUUUUUUAAUAUACCUGGUAGUUAUAUUUAUUGUAAGCACAUUAUUAUAGACAAAUAUAAUUGUACCCUUAUUAAAAGAGCAUGCCCCCAAUAGACA